GGCUCUCCAUAAUCUGCCGUUGUUUGGGUUGCGGUGGAAUAGGAGGGUCCAUGGUGCGGUGGACGCGGAGGCGGUGAGGCAGUGAUACAGCAAUCGAGGGCAGGGCGGUACAGGGAAGGAACGCUGCCCUGGAGCGCGUCGCGCAUACCGAAGGGACCCGCUGAUUGACAUUCGGAGGUACGAAGCGCACCGUGCAACUCACAAGCGGAGCACGCUUAUCUCCCAGCACCUGUCCUGUCAAAGGCAUCUCUGUGAAACUGCAGCGACGAAAUCAGCCUGGCGCAAAGAGACUAAAGGAGGCUCUAUCCACCCCAAGCUUCGGCAUCAGAGGUUUCUGUCGCGUAUAAGCCCGAGGACGCAGCGGCUUUGCGACUCUAUCCCAUCCUAUUCUUUCACCUGUUCAGUCUCAAGUGAACGCAGUCUCCGGACAACCUGUCGUUUCAAACUACCAUCGUAAGAGUGGAUGGACAAAAGAUUCGAUUGCAUUUAACAGUUUGGCUCAAGGAAGAUUUUGCUAGUUUCUUUUUGGAGUAAAGAACUGCGCUUUUGUGCUCACGGGGUUGUUUUCUGGUUUCUUUUCUUUUCUUUCUGUUAGAUGUAGUAUCUUGAUUCAAAAACUCACGGAGCUCGAGACAAAAACUCGUUUUAUCUAUUUUAUGUGGAAUAACCGAUUGAUGACUAGGGAACUCUCGGAAGGAAUUUAAGUUGGUGCGCAAUUUCUUCGGUGUGUGCGGCGGCUUAGCCGCAAAAUAGUUGCGCCCCAUCCCUUCAUUAUAAUUUUCACUUUACAAUAGCCCAUUUGGUCAUGGAGUAAGCUGAAGCACAGGUAAAGACAAAAACAAAGAACAACAAAAAAGGAGAGGGUUUAUUCUCUGUCGUCUGGAACAAACAGGCGGAUCUAAUGCGCAGAUUCUUCGUGGGAUGGUAAAUGACCGAUGGGGAAUCAUGAACAGCUCUUCUGAACUCGAAGAUGGAACUCGGCAUAAAAACCAGACGUUCUGUGAAUGUGUGCCCAGCUCCUCCCAACUUAAACAUCGCUGGUCAGACUCAGAAACUGCCAGAGAGACUCCGGCCAAGAGGAUGAGCUGCAGCUACUUGCUCUGCACUAUCCUGCUCUUCGUGGCUGUAUUGCUAGCUGUCACUGUAACUGGCACCAUCCUCUUUAUGAAUCACUACCAGGCCCCACCCAUGUCUGAUGGCCUACCCCACAUUUCUACCAAUCAGGAUGAAGCAAAUGCCCUGGUCACUGUUGAGAGAGGCGAUGGCUCUCGGAUCAACAUCUUCAUUGACCCCAACUGUCCUGACUACAAUAGCAACUUUAUGCGCCUGGAGGGUGUGCAGACCUCCCUGCUCCACUCACUGACUGACCACGACUCUGACCUGAAGUCAGUGAAGGGCCAGGAUCGGGUUCUGCUGACAAACUUGGGUGAGGAGGUGACCAAGCUGACGGCUCAUGCAGGGCAGCUGAAAAUGGACAUUGAAUCUCUACGCAGGGGACAGGGCAACCUGGGGCAAGACCUAAACUCACUACAGGCAGAACAGGGACGCCUCAUACAGCUGCUGUCAGAUAGCCAGAUCAACAUGGUGAAAGUAGUGAACUCAGUUAGUGAUGCUCUUAAUGCCAUGCAGAAGGAAAAUGUGGGUCUGAAGGCAAGAGCCAAGGCUGACUUACAACGGGCACCUGUCCGGGGGGCUCGCUUCAAGGGCUGCUCCAAUGGCUCACGCCCCCGUGACUGCAGUGAUUUGUAUGCCAGCGGUCAGAGAGAAGAUGGCAUCUACUCCAUAUUUCCUGUUCACCACCCAACAGGUUUCCAGGUCUACUGUGACAUGACCACCGACGGAGGCGGCUGGACGGUGAUUCAGCGCAGGGAGGACGGCUCGGUCAACUUCUUUAGAGGAUGGGAGUCUUACCGUGAAGGAUUUGGCAAAAUCACCGGUGAACACUGGCUUGGGCUGAAGCAGAUCCAUGCCUUGUCCAUCCAGGGGAACUAUGAGCUGCGUAUCGACUUGGAGGACUUUGAAAAUAGCACAGCAUAUGCCCAAUAUGGUACCUUUGGAGUAGGCCUCUUCUCUGUGGACCCUGAUGAUGAUGGAUACCCUUUGACUGUUGGCGACUAUUCCGGCAAUGCAGGUGAUUCUCUGCUGAAACACAAUGGAAUGAAGUUCACCACCAAGGACAGGGAUAAUGACCACUCCGAGAAUAACUGCGCCUCCUUCUACCAUGGUGCAUGGUGGUACCGAAACUGCCACACCUCCAACCUUAACGGCCAGUACCUGCGUGGUCAGCACACCUCCUAUGCUGAUGGCAUCGAGUGGUCCUCGUGGACUGGUUGGCAGUAUUCCCUCAAGUUCUCUGAGAUGAAGAUACGUCCCACCCGUGACCCCGACAAUAAAUAAAACGAACAGUGGAGAAAGCAGAAUAAAGAAGACAUUUUUGAAACAUUACAAACCACAAUUUCUGACAGCUAGAUGGAGUUACUUGUCUUGAUAUUGUUUAAUCACUAAAACCAUACCUCUGAGUUUAGUUGAUUCUGCAGUUUGCCUUGUAAUGUCCUCCAUUUUGCUCCUCUUAUCUCCAUCACUCAGCUACUAGUCAUGCUGGCUGCCAUAAUCCUUUGUGUGAUCCCAUUCUAAUAGAAAUAUUCUAACCAUGAUGCCCUCAUUUUUUAUCUUUGCAUUCAUGAAAACAGCAUACCAGAGCUCUGAGCCCACAAUUCACUGUGCUAGCUUUACUCCAUGCAGCCAUCAUCUUCAGGAAUCACAGACCAGUGAUUUUCUCCUCUGACCUUUUAUCUAUGGUGGCAUGGCACUCAGACGGGCUCAGCCUCGCUGCUCAUCGCAGUAGAAACUGUGACAGGGUUCUUCAGUAUGUAAUAGAAAAAGACAAACCCUUUAGAAAUUAUGAGCAGAGGAUACAAAUUCUCAAGUUUCACCUGUGAGAAAAAAAGGCACAGCGGUGCUCUAUAUUAUAUUUACAUCCUUUAUCUGUGUGAAUGAGACCCAGCAGGGUAGUGGCAAGAAGUGCAGGGCUUCCAAUAAUGAGAGGAAGACUUGAGGAAAUGAGGAAAGAAACUGACAAGAGUUAAAUUGGUUGGAGGAGAGAGGGGCAGAGCGCAUCAAAGUAAGGAGAGGAAGUGGGAAAAGAUACAAAACAGAUGAAAAAGUGGGAAGGAGAAUAAAAAAAGACAAUGGAGGAUCUCAUUCAUCUAACUUGGACCAUUAGGGAGCAUAUUGGGCACUUUGUCUCAUCAGCCUGCCAGCUGAGUACUGGCCAAUUGAUUCAGCACUCACAGAUGGUAACCCAGCACUUUGUGUGUAGGUGUGUGCGUGUGAAUGUGCAUGUGUGCGUGUCUGACAGAAAGACAGACGGAGAAACAGAGCCCUCUCAGAGAUCAGUUUUCUGUCAUGGAUUCAGAAGAGUAUCUUGACUGUGAAGACAACGUUAAACACAGAUAGAAGAUGAUACAUGACUGCCAUACUUUGACUAUAUCCCCAUAAGUAGUGGAAACAUGAAAUUACAAGGCAUGUAAGAUAUGUUCUAUACAAGAAAAGGUUGGACAAACACACAAUGAGACCAGGGAAAGAGAUUUUACAUCCUGCAUUCCUUUGUAUUCUGUUUUGUAAUGUUUCUCUCCUCUUGCAGGUGAUUGUUAUGGGAUUUUCUUACAUGACAUUUUCUACUGUCAUGCAAAAACAGUAAAACAUGCUGUAAAAUAAGAUUUGAUGCUUUUCACCACUUCCCAUCUUUUUUUUUUUUUUUUUGUUGCUUUCUUCUUAGUAGAAAUUCUGCAAUGUGUCAUGGCAAAAAUCAAAACUGCCUAAAGCAAAGAAAAAGAGAACAAUACGCAAAUAAAAAAAAAAUGUUGUGAAGAAAACAACAAAUCAAUAUGUGGUGGAAAAACAGUGCAAUUCCAUCUUUUCAGUGUUUCUUUUUUUUAACUUGGUCAAUCAGCUUUUUUUUUUUUGUUUGUUUUUUGGAUGGUGUAAGAAAAGCUUUAAAAUAUCUGUAGAUUUACCUGUACAGUGUGUAUGACUUUCAGAGCAUGUGAUUUGUUUCUUACUAUGCUAAAACACAGAGAGCUUGAGCACAUGGACUUAAAAAAAUCCACCUGUUUAAAAGAAAAAGGAGAACUUUUCCUCAACAAGACGGGCACUUGUCAGCUCCAAAGCUUGAAUACGAGUGACGAAGAGGAACAUGAUUAUCCCUCAGGCACACGCUUGUUAAAAUAUGCAGCACAAAAAAGUUGUUUUCAGUGAAACAAUAUGAAAAGAUUUCAAACUUUAUUUUGGCACAAACCCUGCCUUGCUGGACAUAUGUGAAGGCUUUGGAGUCUUGUGGAAGUACAAAAAAACAGCUUUGAGUGUGUGCUGAAGGGCUUCGCAACAGCUGACAGUGAGUUCAUGUGUAGCACCGAGCAAUGCUGCGCUGAAUACCUCAGACGCUUGAGCAGCUGUGAGUGUUUCUGUCAUCGCCGGUGCUCUGAAGGAUCUCCCCUUGCUGUGUACGACUCCGCGGCACCUCAGCUGCAUACAGUACAUAGAGCUACGCGUCAUGUCUAGAAGGACUGCUGCCACCUUCUUUCAUCAAAGCACAGACACUUGUUAAGAAAAAAAAAUGCUGAUGUUAAUAUGGCACAAGAGUUUGAGGCAAUGUCAGAGGUUAUGGUCAAAUUAAGCUGGAAUUUUGAAAAGUCACAUGAGAAGAAAGAGUUGGACAAUGUGGGUGAAUGUAAGCAAACUGUAUAUGUGUGUGUGUGUGUGUGUGUGUGUGUGUGAGAAUGUGCUAGACAGAGCCUGUGUGUUUGUGUACACAAGUGUACAUCUAUAAUGUCUUUGUGUACACAUAUGGGCACAUGCUUUAGUUUGUACAUGCCUGUGUGCAUGAGCCAGACAAGAGAGUGGGAGGCUGAGUGUGUCUCAAUGUGGAAUUUUCAAGUAAUGUGAUGCUUGUGUACAACUUGCCUCCCCUGCUGUUUGUGUUGAUAACAGAGAGAUUUACAUUAUUAUAAUGAACUAUUACUUAUUGUGAUUGUGAACCCAUAACAGUGGAGACCACCUUCUGGUACUGUGUUAAACUGCGCCUGUACCCUAAAACCCUGCGAACCCACUCCCAGAUUCUUUGUUCACCUCCACACAAACAUUGUGCACACUGUAUAUGUUAAUGUUGCCCCUUGUUAUUUAAAUGUGUGGACAUCUAUUAUUUGCCAGGCCCCAUUUUUGUGUUUUUGUUGCGUGAAAGCCUUUAUAGUCACUCCCUCUCUGCUGCAGCUUGCUAAGAUUCCAAUGGAAGAGAAGAUAAAAGAGUGAAAUCAGAGGCUCUAAUCAAUCCCAGUUACCCUACUCAUUACAAAGCAUCAGCACCCUCUUUAUUGAUCCUCCAGGUCCCCAAACCUUCUAUAUUUCUUAGAGUGUACCUUCUUAAUUGCCUUAGCCUCUGCUGCCAACCCUCCUCCCUAGCCCCAGCUCCAAAAUUCUCUCCUUUUUACCAGCUUCUAAAUCCCAUCACUCUUUAAUGCUCUACUCCCAUUCCCAUCCAACUCCUUCAUUCCCAGCGUAGAACUAACUUUCUCUUUGUUUUAUUUUUGGUGAAGUACUAUAGAUUGUUUUGCUGAAUCUUGAUACUGUGUUUUAAUGUUCUUGUCAACAUUUAAUAAACAUUCACAUUUUAUAAAUGGA